AUGCCGUUCGCAGAAUCCCAUGACCUGCCCGAGUUCAAGGCGUGGCUCGUCCGCACGCUCGAGCCAAUGUGUGAUGCCGACCCUGUGGUCAUGUCGGACUAUAUCAUUGCGCUAUUGAAGCAUGAGGCGAGCUACACUGAAGAGCAAUGGCGAGAUUUCAUCACUCGGGAGCUCGCCGAUUUUCUCGAAGCUAAAUCCGCACCAUUUGUCGACCUCCUUUGGCAGACCCUCUCGACCCGGUCUUUCCUGGCCACUCCUCAGGUCUCUAUCGCCCCCUCAACAGCAAUAGCCUCACAUCAGACUGCGCAGAUAGCAGCCGCUGCACAGUCAGGUGACUAUCCCGGGAGCGGACCAAGCGUGGUAUCGUCAUACCGACCACCAAACGCAAAUGCGCCACCUUCAGGCCCAUCCCGGAUGAAUGGAGCUGGAGCGGGGGAGGUACCGGGUGGGCUGCGGAAGGGGAUGUGCUUUGACUAUCAUAAUCGAGGUUUCUGCCUUCGAGGUGUAGCUUGCAAAUACGAGCACUCGGACGAUGUCAUCAUCCCAUCUGCAGAGAUGGGGUUCCCGCCAUUCGCCGACUUCCCCUUCGGCAUGCCCUUCCCUAUGCCUGGUUUCCCGGGCAUGCCCGGUAUGCCAGGCAUGCCAUUCCCCUUCUUCCCGGGGAUGCCCGGAGCCCAGAAGCACAAUAUGCAGCAGGAGUCGGAGUUCUGGGGAACUAAUAAACCGCCACAUCAUACGGAACGUACCUCGACACUUGUCAUUACCGAUAUCCCCGUCGUCAACCUCUCGGUACCGGCGAUCCGGGAAUACUUUGCUGUAUUCGGCGAGGUCACCAAUGUGGCGCUGGAGGCGAGGACAAAGCGGGCGAUGGUCACAUUUGGGUCGAACCGGGAAGCGUACAACGCGUGGAAGUCGGACGAGGCGGUAUUUGGGAGCAGGCAUGUCAAGGUGCUUUGGCACCGCCCUCGACCAGGCCAGGGCGAGGCGGGACAGAAAGCGCUGGAGGCGAGCGCCGGUCUGAUCGAUAAUCUCAAGAAGAUGGAGAAUGGGGAUAAGGCGUCGAUCCAGGGUGCACAGGCUGCCAAGCUGUACGGCCCAGAGCAGAAGCUGCGGGCGACGAUACUAGAGCUGGAGCAGAAGGAGAAGCGGCAAAAGAGGGAAACGUUGAUGGCGGAGCAAAAGGUCUUGCUAGCGCGGACGAAAGCGGCAGACCAGGCGACCAAGCUGGAGAUCUUGAAACGGUUGAAAGAGGUCGCGAAGGAGAUGGUGGAGCUGGAUAAGCCGAAGGAGGUGGCCAAUGAGGAGGAUGUCGAUAUGGACAUGAAGUCGGCGCUGGACAGGGAUUUGGAAAAGCACGGGAUGGAGAGUGUGGGGAAGCGGGAUGAGGAGGAGCUUUUGAAACUCAAUGCUCAGUUGACUGCCUUGAAAGAGAAGGCCAGCGCACUAGGCGUAGCAUCCACACCAUCUCGAUACUCCCCAUAUCCAUCUCGUGGAGGCGGUUUCCGCGGACGUGGCGCUCCCCGAGGUCGAGGCUUCCGAGGACGCGGUGGCGGAUUUACUCCUGGCCAUCUCCAGCUCGAUAAUCGUUCUCGGACGGUCAUCAUUGCGGGAGAUGGUCUUGCGUCGGCAAAGCAGAAUGUCAAGGAGUGGUACGAGAGCCAUGGCGGGAACGUGGAGGAUGCGUUGGGUGGAGAGGGAUGGAAGGUGGUCUUCCCAAAUCGAGAUAUGGCCGAGAGGGUGCUGGCCAUGGGCGUAAAAGAGAUCCCGAAAGUCACCGGCGACUUGCGCAUACAGUGGGAUACCGAAGCGCCGGCAUAUGGGAAUGGCGGUAUCAGCGCUCCUGGCGGCGGCGAGCGGGAUGUGGAGAUGGGCGAGGACUCGCACCGCGGGGAGAGGGAAGAUGACGAGUAG